AUGUCGUCUACCAGCAAUACCGCUGCUCCAACCGGUGCCGCCGCCAAGAAGGAUCCAAAGGCCGCCGUCGUCGUCGAUAAGAAGGAGACCGAGGAGGAGGAGUUUGAGGAGUUCCCAAUUCAGGAAUGGGCGGAGCGUGCCGACAGCGAGGAUGACGAUGUGAACGUGUGGGAGGACAAUUGGGACGAUGAGACACACGAGAGUGAAUUCUCGAAACAAUUGAAGGAGGAACUUCGCAAGGGAGGACACCCAAUCGCCUGA